ACACAUGAUAAAGGUGACAUACUGAUAUCUACUCCUACGAUGAUAAAAAGCAAGAGUUUUGGUAUUUUGAUACUUCUUUUAUUUUCCCGCUGUUGUCAAACCAAGGAGACCAUUUAUAUUGGCGGGCUUUUUGGCCUUGACACAAGUCGUGGUGGGUGGAAUUCGGCGGGAAUUAUUCCUGCUGUUCAAAUGGCCUUUGAGGAGAUAAACAACAGCUCCAAAGUUCUCAGAGAUUACCACUUGGAACUGCUGAUUAAAGACUCCCAGGUUAGACGAGAAAAACUAGGUCCGUCCUUAAGAAUCAUUUUUUGUUUAUAAAAUGAUACCUUAUAAAACAUUUAUCCUCGUUCACCACAGAUUAAUACAGCAUACAUUUCAAAUCUUUAUUUGACUGAGAAUCUUUGAUAAAGUAAUCAAAUGAACAGAGCGUCGUCUGCUAAAAAGCAAAUUCUUUAUUUCAAUAACCUCCGUCUUUCUUGAAAAGCACCUUUUUUCCCAUGAUAUCAUGAUGAUAUACAAAGAAAAGGAUAUCAUAAAACGAAACCUUAACAUUACUCUGGGAGAAAUAGCAGAUGCUAUUAGAAAGUUGCCACGCUUCUUUUUUCAGUUAUUGAGUCAGCUUUUUACCACACUCUAAUGAACAAACAUACAGCACCUACGUUAUUUGCUUUUAUUCAACACGGUCAAAGCCUUUUUAGCAAAUAAACUAUACGUAUUAGAAAACGUCCGUUUUCAAAAAUCUCCUCCUUAAGUCCUCCUUGGAGACCAUUUAUGAAAACCUGCGUUUUUGGUGCCUGAAAACCCCGUUAACGUGUGGACGGAAGGCUAGAGAGCCGAGAAAACGCGUGGACUAGGCCUUUGUUUUGAUUAGUAUGAGGGGAAGAAAGCCGUGAAAUUUACAGAUAAUUAAGAGUAUUGGAUCAUUGCCCAAAAGACUUCGAUCUGUCUGACAUAAUUAAAGUUUGGCUGUUGUGCAAACCUUUCACGAUCGGUUAAAAAUCUAGAAAAUCCGUACUUCAAAACUCAAAUCUGUAUAUCUAAAUUGAUCACAGCUACAUCAUAUGCUAUGAUCAAAUACGCUGCGUGUGGACGCGUUUGUUUUUGAAAACGGAGAAAAAAAAAAUGUAAGUUUUCAAAACACGGGACGAAAAAUGGAUUUGCACAAAGUUGCUCCUUGCAAAUAUGUCGCAAAUGUAUAAAUACUGAGGAGUAAAUAUAUGGCAAACAUGGCAAAUGCCACAUUUGUCUAGUUAUUUACACCCCCUGUCUCAGUGGUAUGCAAAUAUGGCAUUUACCAUCUCUGCCAUUCAUUUACUCCUCAGUUAGUUUACAUUUUUUCGACAUAUUUGCUAGGAGCAAAUUCAGUUGGGCAAUCCAUUUUUUCGUCCAAUGAAAUGGACGGAAUGGAUAAGUGCCAACCAAGGCCUAAAUCUCCGAAGCAAAAUAAUACCAUUUUUCAGCAUUUUAUGUGGAGCGGUAGAAGGACUCAGUUGGCAUGUAUAGUUUCAACCGUUUCAUUCGCGUUAGAUUAUCCCCCUUAACUAGUGUUGUGCGUAAAAAGCAACAGAAAACUUUGGAAUUCAAGAUCUGGUUCUCCUAAAUUUGUGUGCUUCUUUAUCUGUUUAGUGCAGUGUAGGAGAAGCUAUACGGAGAUCAUUAGAGUACUUAUCAUCAGGGGAACCUAAAAUCAUGUUCUUAGGACCAGCAUGUUCUAAAGCAGCUUUACCGGUCGCUGAGUCGAUUCAUUACUGGAAUGUAGUUCAGGCAAGUCUAAUGACACUUCUGAAAGAGUUAUGUACUUAUUAUUAAAAAAAAACCUUAACUUGCCUGAGGAGGGAGAGAGAGCGAGAAAGAAAAAGAAAGAGAGAAAAAAAUUACUUGAGUGACAAGCUGUUUGACUCUAGCUAAUUGAAAUGUUAAUAAAAAGAGAAAUUUUAGAAACCUUUUAGGAAUGCUUUGUCUGUCAAAUUAAGAAAUGUCAAUUAACACGUCUUACUGAAUGAGCAAACAUAGUAGCUAUACCACUUACAUUCUUAAAAGAAAUUUUCAAACGAGUUUCUGAAUCAAUUCAACUAACACAUCUUUCUUCUCGGUAACGCCCCAUCGAUCAGGCUUAACUGGCUAUUCAACUGUAAAAAACCCAGGCUUAUUAGGGUCGGAGUUGACGGACUGGUUUUACUUUCUGCCCGGGUUUUAAUCACUUAAUAACAAUGAACACUUAGUUCAAUACAAAUCGUUUACUUUUCUUAGAUUGGUUUUUCCUCUUCGUCUCCUUUGCUGUCAUCGAAAUCGCUUUACCCGCUAUUUUUUCGAACAAAUCCUUCAGAAAAGUUCUCUAACCUUGGACGGAUUGCAAUUCUGCGACGGUUCAACUGGAAGAGAGUUGCCAUCCUUCAACAGAAUAAUGAUGUCUUCACAGGGAUAAGUAAUUCUCUGGUAGAUAUGCUGAAGGCAGCUAAUUUCUCAGUCCUCGCUUAUGAGAGUUACAAAGAUCAUCCAAAGUUUGCUAUAGAAAAUCUGAAGGUAAGAUAACUUGUAGCCUUUUUACAGAUAUUUUUUCUUUCCUUUUUUAUCUUCGAAGAAUUCAACCCCCCCCCCCCCCCCUUUCCUCUGCCCGUUGUUAUACAUAUAUUUUAUUUUUUUACUGAUGCUGUUCAAAACAGUCUUGUUUUUACUAAAUUUUUUGGUAGAAUAUCUGAAGGCAACUAAAUUUCCAGUCCCCCUUUAAUAAGGUUAAAAAGAUACAUCAAAAUUUUUUAUAAAAAAUUUUAAGGGAAAAAAACUUUUUGCCUUUUUUCAAAUAUUUUUUUUUUCUUUUUUUUUUUUCCAAACCCCCCCCCCCCCCCCAUCCUCUUGCACUUCGGGUCGUGAAUAAAUUCUAACUGUUUCAUUUGGCCGAUGGAGCCGAUAUAUCUUGUCUGUGAAUGUAAGACGCAAAGAAUAAUAAUGUUGUCUUAUCCCGAUUUUAACUCUUACAUUGAGCUUAUGGUCAAGAUCACUUCCGUUUUCCCUUUUAAGUACGUCUGCCGUGGAAAUUAAUUAUUUAUCGCUACAAGAUUAUUUUUGACCGACGGACGGUCGGGCGGUCGGUGUACGGUCACAUGAUUACCAAAUUUUCUCUGAUGGGUAGAUUACUUCAUUUUCUUAUCCAUGGUGCUCCGCUGGCGCGCUUCGUGCGUGAGAGCUCAGCUAUAAAUACAAAUUCGAGUUUCUGCCUUGCGCUGAUGACGCGCGUUCCCGAGCAACGCCAGUUCCAAUAAAAUUGUAAUCUCGUUUCGCAGUGAACAAUCAUGAUAAAUUCGAGAGAUUAAGGUUCACGUUUACUGCAAACGGCAAACGUCAGACUCAAGUUGAGAAUUUCUCAGAAUAGAAAAUAAGCAGAUAAAAACAGUCCCGAAAGAUUCAUAUGGUUAAAACUGGGAUAAAACUACUUCUUUUUGUGUAGAAGUAAUAAAGUGUAAACGGAAAAUAAGGGGAAAACUUGGUCACGUGGUACAAAUUCACGUCUGCCGUUUUGGAGUAAACGUGAAUCUUAAUCUCCAUCAUUCGUAAUCAGCACCAUAUUUAUCAAAGCAUUCAUAGCUCUACUUUGAUAUAUCACUUUUGCAGAAAAAAGAUGCUCGCAUAAUGUUUGCAUUCUUCUAUCCUGACCAACAUUACGUCGUAUAUUGUGAGGUAAUCAUUUUCAGAGAGUAGGAAUUAGCUAGUGAAGACAUCUGCAUAUAAACUGUCUCUGAGAUUAUGAAUGUACCCGGAAAGCAAUUGUGAACGUCUAAAUAAACAUGAAUUUGACGUGUGAAUGGCAGCAAUGGAAUAAUGCCCAGCCUGCUACAUUGUCUAAAGUACGUCCCUGCGUACGUAGUUUAGACGGAGUCCUUUUUCCUUGUGGUAAAUAAUCGCCUUUUAACAAAUAUCACGAGACCCCGGUUGCUCAAACGUUGGAUAGAGUAUCCCGGAUGAAUCACCAUCAAGCAAAUAAGUGUUAGGGAGACCAAUAGCUUUAUCCUCUCAAUAGGGAUUUAUCAAUCAGUGGAUAGCGUUAUCCAUCCUCUGAAAAACUAGCACCAAAACUCUAUAAAUGAUACAGUCAACUCUCUCUAAGACGGACACCUUUGGGGCCGGCACUAAGUGUCCGUCUUAGAGAGGUGCCCGUCUUAUAGAGAGUCAAAUAAAGGGAGUAAAGAAAGGAAGGGACCACCUUUAAGUGUCCGUUUACAGAGGUGUUCAUCUUAUAGAGUUGUCCGUUAAGAGAGAGUCGACUGUAUACAGUCGACUCUCUCUUAACGGACACCUCUAUAAGACGGACACCUCUGUAAAACGGACACCUAGAGUUGGUCCCUACCUUUCUUUACUCCCUUUAUUUGACUCUCUAUAAGACAGACAUCUUCCUUACACUCACACUUAGUUCCGGACCCAAAGGUUUCCAUCUUAGAGAGACUUGACUGUAGAUUUUUUUUGUUUUGCUAAAAUAACACCAAUUUCCACUUUUGUAGGCGUUUAAACAAGGCAUGUUCGGUCCUAAAUAUGUUUGGUUUAUAUUCUCGGGUCGGAAUCAAGACAACUGGUGGAAAGUAAAAAGCCCGCUUGUUGAUUGCACUCCAGAACAAGUACGAAAGGGAUUGAGCAACAACAUCGGAACUGGCGAGUUAAAGUUAAGUCCCCUCCCUGGGACAACAAUUUACGGAAAAGUAAGUGUACAGGAGAUGGAGUCCGCUAGGUAUAGGUUUCACUGAAGUAGUGGGAGGUCGGGGGGGGGGGGGUGGGUUGAAGUAGGGGCGAGACCUUGCUCCUCCCCUACCAUGUAUUUUCGGCUCCCCCUUUUCCCUGGUUUCCUCUUUUUAACAAUUAAGCAUUAUUGCGUGAUUCCUCUCUAUUUCUCCCGCUUCCCGCAUUUUUUGUACUCCUACCUCCUUCUCUUUCCUCUCUCGCUUCCCUUACCCCUCCGGCCCCCUAUUCUUCCCGGCUCCCACCCCAUGGCCUCUCCCCACUGCAUUAGUUGGUACACAUAAAUUGCAAACUCUUUGUGCAAUAUAUGUCAUAUUGAUGCAUAACCAGUCGACCUCAACACUUGAUGAAAACUGUAACACUGUCUAAGCAGUCAAAACGUUGCGAUGCAUUGGUCAAGUGAUUUAUAAAUUACAUUUUGAGACGGACGAUGACAAUGCAAUACGAUAAAUGAUUAUGAUCUUUUUCUGAUAUCAAAAUUUUUGUCGAUUUAUUGAGUGUUAAGACAAUUCUUUUCCGUGCACUAGUUAAUUAUAAUCAAAAUUAGAUCAGACAUGUUAAUUUCGACUUGUAUGGUUUAUCGUGACUUAUACAAUAUGAAANCGAGACCUUGCUCCUCCCCUACCAUGUAUUUUCGGCUCCCCCUUUUCCCUGGUUUCCUCUUUUUAACAAUUAAGCAUUAUUGCGUGAUUCCUCUCUAUUUCUCCCGCUUCCCGCAUUUUUUGUACUCCUACCUCCUUCUCUUUCCUCUCUCGCUUCCCUUACCCCUCCGGCCCCCUAUUCUUCCCGGCUCCCACCCCAUGGCCUCUCCCCACUGCAUUAGUUGGUACACAUAAAUUGCAAACUCUUUGUGCAAUAUAUGUCAUAUUGAUGCAUAACCAGUCGACCUCAACACUUGAUGAAAACUGUAACACUGUCUAAGCAGUCAAAACGUUGCGAUGCAUUGGUCAAGUGAUUUAUAAAUUACAUUUUGAGACGGACGAUGACAAUGCAAUACGAUAAAUGAUUAUGAUCUUUUUCUGAUAUCAAAAUUUUUGUCGAUUUAUUGAGUGUUAAGACAAUUCUUUUCCGUGCACUAGUUAAUUAUAAUCAAAAUUAGAUCAGACAUGUUAAUUUCGACUUGUAUGGUUUAUCGUGACUUAUACAAUAUGAAAUAUUAACUGGAUUGGAAUCAGUGUGAUCUUAACACUUUCUUUCUAAAAAAUCGUAAAAACUUAAUUACCAAGUUAAUACCUUCCUUUCCUUUUCUGUCACUUGUUUUAGACACCCGGAGAGCUUUACUUUGAUUACCAAGGACGACUCAACAAGUCAGGGUACCCCGAAAAUACGUUCGCUUCGUACGGAUACGACGCCGCCUGGACUUGCGCACUGACUCUCAAUGCCUCUAUUGAUGUCUUACAGCAGAGAAACCUGACACUAACUGAUUUCAACUACAGUCGUUCUGACAUGAGCAAAAUCUUCGUUGACAUUAUGAAGGGAAUUUCGUUUCGAGGAAUGACGGUAACUUACAUAGUCGUACAUAAGUUUUUCUAGUAUCAGAAAUCUAUAUCUAAUAAACCCAUAUCGUUCAGGACGUUACACCAAGGACCUGAUCUUGAGUACAAGGAUAGCGAACCAUGGUGUUUGGGAAGAAAUCUCCAUGAAUGUUUCGUCCACUCUGCUAGUUGAAGGAUGAUGAUGAUAUCGUACAGACAUUCUAGUUACACAAAAAGAGGAUAAAACAGUUUAAGAUGUGAUCAUUAUAUUAUGUCUAAAUUUUACUACGUAUUCAACCUUUUAACAUAAGUGAACUGUUCCCGAUUUAUGAUGCUUUAGAUAAGAAAUUAGGGACAUUUUUGGAUGGCGUAUUUGAUGAUAAGAACGAAGUACCGGCGAUUUAAUUGUAUUACUGAAUAGGACUCAGGCUCCAAGUAUUGAAAUACUGGCCCAGUGCUCACUGUCCACGCAUGCGCACCACCACAAUUUCGUUAACGCGGAAUAGACUUCUAUGGGCCUUUUCCGAGUUCCAUAAACUCUCAGUUUCAAAACGAGGCAAAGUGCAAAACCUUUGUUUUGAAAAUGAGUUUUCUUUGCAUGAGAAUUAAAAAUCAUUUUCAUAUCGAUCACUUUGAACUUGGCCAAGCUUUGAUACUGAAGCUUAACUCUGAAAUGGUCUAUUGAAUAAUUGUAUCACUCACAAUUAAACCAUAGACGUCUUUAUUAAAUAAAAGUUAAUCCAUGCAUCUUUUAUAUUAACAUUUUUGCAGGGUCAAGUGAAAUUUGACAAUAACAAUGACCGGAUAGCAAAGCUGGAGGUUAGACAGAUACAAGGUACAUGCCUGUUCCUCGAGAAUCAAGACGAUUUCAAAGUAAACGAUGGUAUUAAUUUGAGUUUUGAAUCAAAUUUUAUUCUUAGGGGAUACUGAGAGAAGAGUUGCAUUCUACAACAUGGAAAGUGACACUUACGAAGAGGAUAAUGACAGCAAUUACUUGUGGGAUGGUAAGAGGACUUUCGGUUAAUAAAAUGGAUAAAUUACACAGCCAAUUAUAUGCAGUGAAAUUAAGGAAAUAGUAAUGAUAAUCUCAAAUGGCUAAGAUCCUCGACGGAAUGUCGCUUUUACAGAAUCAGCACUACAGAGGGCUCGGGAGGCUAAUCAAGAUUAACUUUUUUCUAAGGCUGUAUGUCUUUUGAUGUAAAUAGAGAAUGGAAAAACCGCUCGCAAACAAUUCAAAUACCUUAAAUCCUCUAUUAAGCCCCCCCUUUCAAAUAAACCCCUCCUCUCUAAUAAGCUCUUCCUUUUCCGGGGAGGAAACUCAAUAAGCACCAGGGCCCCCUUUCUUUUAAGCCUCCCUCCCCUCCUCCUUCUUCUUAUUUAUUCAUAAAUGAUAGACUGUAAUAAUCAAUCACGACUGUAAAACUGUGCAGUUUCGUGUGGACUGACGAUGGUUUAUUCACCAGCUGGAGGUUUUGAUUUGGUUUUCAUCCUCGACUGCAUGACCUUGUACUUGUGCUUUUCCACUUUGCAUUCUAGUUCUUUAUUGUGAACUGAUACCAUCGUAUGUGCUAAAUUAAAUAAUCCAGGCUCUCCAAUAAGCCCCCCCCCCCCCCAAGGGGGGGGGGGGGGUUUGAGAAAGCUUUUGGAGGGUUUUGAGGGCGACAAAAACCAAUUUUUCAACCAUUUUUAAAAAUAAAGGAAAUUUUAAAAUAAAAAAAAAAAAAAAAAAAAAAAUAUUGAUGGCAUUUACUUAAAAAAAAAUAAAAAAAUACAUCAUACACUUAUUUUUUAUAUAAACAAAACUUGUAUGACUACUCGCCACCCACUUUUCCAAAUUUUCCACUUUGCAUUCUAGUUCUUUAUUGUGAACUGAUACCAUCGUAUGUGCUAAAUUAAAUAAUACAGGCUCUCCAAUAAGCCCCCCCCCCCCCAGGGGAGGGGGGGGGUUAUAGAAGACUUACGGUAGUGUUUGAGAGGCACAAAAAGAUUAUUUUCAAUCGUUAUUAUAAACAGAGGUAAUUUUAGACUUGAAGGAAUAAAAUAAGAAAAAACCUGGAUGGCAUUUCAUUCCAAAUAAAUGACAUCAGACAUCAUUGCACUUUUUUUGAAUCAAUAAACAUGUUGAUAGCCAUCACUAGCCACUCUUUCCAACACUGGGAAGUAGAAGUGUUUUAAGUGAAUCAUGUCUCAUCAGAAAUGACGGUUUGAUCUUACACGUUCAUUUUUCACGUCUUUGUCAAUAUAAGGUGGAAAAGUUCCUGUUGAUGGUCUGACAAUAGAAGAAAGGUUAGAAGGUGUCCAUCCAGUGCUGUUCUGGUUUGUCUUCAGCCUUUCCGUCAUUGGUGUUUUGAUGGCUAUUUGUUUUCUUAUAUUCAACGUCUACAAUCGAAAUGUCAGGUAUAGAAUCUCAGAUUUAAGCAUAGUUUACAAGUGCCGGGGCCGGGUGCCGUACCCUGGGUGAGGGGGACUAAAAAACUUUUUUUAAGGGGGGGGGGGGGGGGGGCUCCGCCCCGAGUCCGACCCCUUACCCUUUUAAAUACCAUCUUUAACAGAAAAAGUAUACCUUUUCUAUACCUUCUAUUGACAAAUGGUACCCCUUUCACCUGCCCAGUUUAGAACUUUGCAUCCCUUCCAACUGCUGUGAACGUACUGUCUUUAAAAUAUGAAUAAACCUCAGCGAGUAAACCAGAACGUUUUUUCUCCACUUUGGUUCAGCCAUAUAAUGCAUCUGAGUGUUAGAAAGCCCUUUUGAGCCUUUUACCGACCGAAAUGACAGACUUCCCUUCAUAUACUUCAACAAGUGAAAUCCUUACGCUUUCGUUUGCCGAAUGAAGCCGUUUCUUCUUGCUCCUCGCCACCAGGGACGUUUUGCCAGGGGAAACGUCUGCGCCUCAGCGACAGGAAUUCUAUACUGAUGGCCUAAAUCAAUGUUUACAUAAUAUAUCCGGUAGUCAUGGUGUUCCAAAUGUAAAUUUGUUUGAUUUUAUCUUUCUCCUCGUCGACUAUGGUAAAGUUUUGUGUUCUACUGCAUGCAAACGAGCUCCAACAGAACUCUACUAAACUAAACUCUUUUUCUAAAGAAGAAUAAUUAUAUUCCAGGCAUAUCAACUGUUUUGUAGUAGAUUCAUUAUGUUUACGACCCCAUUUCCAUUUGACCUUUGUAGCCUUUUGUCUUUUGUUUGUCAUUCGUAAACCUUCGUAAACAAUAGGUAAAAUAAUGUAACUCCUUUGUUGACCAAUCAGAACUCCUGACAAGAUUCUGUACAGAUUUUACGUCAUCAAUAUGGAAUUUCUGUCGCUAAGGCGCAGACGUUCCUCCUGGCAAAACGUCCUAGCGGCGAGGAGCAGGAAGAAACGUCUGUAUUGGCAAGCCAUCGUAUGCCUGAACCCUGAAGCCUGAAGGAGUAUCUCCCGCGACGCCGUAGCACUUUCUGCACAGAGUAUGAUUCUUGCUGUCGUCAUCUCGACUAAUAUAAACACCUUUCUUGAGUCCUCAUAAUCUGUCGUCAUCUUUGUAGAUCGUGGUAGGAGUUCAAAAUGUUUUAAGUGUCUGCAGGUUGUGCAAAUGACUGGAAGCAUUUAAUUUUCUAAACGCAUUGGGAAGACUAUGUAAGCCUCCUUUUAAAACGAAUUAUAAAAAAGCUACUGAGUUAGUAUUUGCUUCGAGUAUGAUCGUUGUUGGCAAAUUUAACGGUUUUGGCAUAAGUAAUAUCCCCAAAAGCAUUCUAAAAUAAACAUAUCUUUGCACAACAAAGUACAAACGUAUAUGGGACAGUUUAUCUCUAAGUUCCAAUUUUUGGUUAAUUUUCUCUUUCAGAUACAUCAAAAUGUCUUCGCCUAAUUUAAACGACCUAAUUAUAAUUGGCUGCAUACUUGUGUAUAUCUCCGGCAUAUUGCUGGGUAUGAAAAAAGAAGAGAGUAGCAUUGGCUGCCAGGUAAUUAAUGAUAUAACUAAUCAAAAUGACUGAGAUAGGUUUUAAAAAUCGAAGCGUCACACAUCACGUGACAAUGAACCAGGUCAGGAAGAGAAAGGUAUGAACGUGACUAUGCCUAGAAGUAAAAAAUACCAAACUUAGGUUGACUAAGUUACUUAUUACCCUGAGAAAACAGCAGAAAUUUUGUGACGCACGGCUUCCAGUAGUUUACCCUUGAAAUAAAGUACUAAUGACGUGUCACUACCCAGAUCUGAGUAGUGCUUCUGAUUGAUUGAAUUGUUGUGGUACCACCAAUCAGAAACACUACCCAGAUCUGGGUAGUGACAAGUCAUCAGUAUGGAAUUUCUGUAGUCGUUCCUCACACUUUAUUUUCACGGGAAACCAGUGGUGGCGUCGCAAAAUAUAAAAAAAAAUUAAAGGCGGAUCCCUUUUUCGACAUAUUAACUAAAUAAAUACUGUUUCUUUUAAAGAAUGUAAAUAUAAUAAAUUUCUUUUAAAGAAUAUAAAACAAAAUAAAAUAUUCCUUUGUUGUUAGGCUGAAUUAUGGAUUGUAGUCAUAGGAUUCACUCUAGGAUUUGGUGCAAUGUUCAGCAAGACCUGGAGGGUACACGUGAUCUUCCUUAAUUCUGCUACCACGAAAAGGGUAAAACAUUUGUAUCUAGUCAGAGCACCUUAGCUCACUUCCCUGCUAAAACAAAGCGUUAAAAAUUAAUUGAAAUUAUUUUCAGUUUUUGCGUGUGCUCUACGACGCUUUAUUUGGCAUACAGUCAACUCUCUCUAGGAUGGACACCUUUGUGACAGGCACUAAGUGUCAGUCUAAGAGUAAUGUCCGUCUUAUAAAGAGUCAAAUAAAGGGAGUAAAGAAAGGCAGGGGCCAACUCUAGGUGUCUGUUUUACAGAGGUGUCCAUCUUAUAGGGAGUCAAAUAAAGGGAGUAAAGAAAGGCAGGGACCAAUUCUAGGUGUCCGUUUUACAGAGGUGUCCGUCUUAUAGAGGUGUCCUUUAAGAGAGAGUCGAUUGUACCAAUAUUUAGGAUCAUCACUGAGAAAUACGGUAAUGGAGGAAAAAGGAAGUGGAGAAAAGUAAAGUUUAAUACAAAAACGACUAGGAAGUAUCAACAACCCCUCCGGCAGGAGGCAGCCAAUUGGCUCUAACAAGCAUGACCGAGGAUUUAAACUCUGGCCUGGACGACCGAGAAAUAAAUCCAGCUAUUGGUUAUCAUGAUAGUGAGACUCGAACCCAGGACAGCUGGACGGCAAGUUUAACGCGCUGUAUCUAUCUGCCAGGCAUUAUUAUUCCAAAGUAAUGUAACUCGCGCGUAUCGACGGUUGACUUCUGAAAAAAGGUUAUAUUAUUGCACGACUUCGAUUCUCUUUCAUUUAUUCCUAGUAUCUAAUCGAAAGCUGAGGUUUUUCUAUUUGAUAUGAAUGACUUUGUGCUGUUUUCUGCAAUCCGCAGAUUAUCAUCCGGGACCGACAGCUGUUUAGUAUGGUUGCUGGGCUCCUACUGAUAGACCUCGUUCUUCUGAUCACGUGGCAAAUUGUUGAUCCACUGAGACUGAAAAUUCAAAAUUUGACACUAGAGGUAAAGAAUCGUGAUCGGAAUAUUGCUAGCCUUUAUGACAACAACAACAACAGCAACGACAACAACAACAACAACAAUAAUAAUACUAAUGGUAAUAAGUAAAUGAUAAAGAACCUAUCGAUAACGAUAAUGAUAAUAAUGAUUAUUAAAAACCGAAUCAUUGGAUAAUGCAUUUCUAGAGCCCUUAUUGGCUUAGUCAUCAUCGUAUAUUAGCCAUAAUACCAUGCUCUCCAAAUGCGGUUGUUUUUACAAAUAAAGUCGAGAAGAAUUCUCGAUAUUUUGUGGGGGGUUUUUAGUAAAACAAUUAUUUCACUCGCGGUUGUUGCAUUGGAUAAGAGACGAUUAAUUAUAGCCAACUCGGCGCUACGUGCCUUGUUGGCUAUCUAUCUACCAUCUCAUGUCCAAAGCGCACACGUUGUUAAGUACAGCUAUCUGUUAUGUAUACCGUUGGUCAUUUUGAGUUUGCGCCUGAGUCUAGGUUGAUGUUGUUUCGAAUGGGACUGUUGUGGGGACGCUGUUUCUUCUUUUACUGAGUAUCACGAGGUUGUGCAGAAUACUGGGCUAAAAUUCGUUCCUUGAAACAGUCCAGCAAUGCAAUUUGACAAAAGGGCCAAGUUUAAGGUCAGUUUUUUAUAAUUCCUUUGCUUUUUAUGUGCCAAAAUAUCAGCAGCAUUUAUGUCUUCUGAUUCAGAUGUCGUUAGAAGAUGAUGAUACUGCCAUACAGCCUUACGUUGCAACGUGUACCAGCCAGAGUAUAACGAUUUGGCAGAUCUGCCUGUAUGGAUAUAAAGGUAAAUUAAAUAGCUCGCGGCUUUAACAAGAAAGCGCGAUAGCCUACAAUGUGUUAUACUCAGAUUCUUAACAACAACGACAACGAGUUGCCAAAUAUCAUGCCCUAACGGGUGUCGUAUGCGUAGUUAUGAAAUAAUUAAAUGUGAUUACUUAGUAACUGAAAGUCUUUUGCAACUACAUUCCAAGCUUGUUUCCUUAGUCUGAAACGACACUACAGGAAAUGUGAUAAAUGGGUAGAAAAUGGUUACUUAAUCGUCUGUCGUUUGUUGAUGAUUGUUAUGCUUGAUCCCUCUCACCUUAUUCAACGCCAAGGACUUUUCCAAAGUAAAAGAUUCGUAUUAAACAAUUCUGCUAUUCUCAAAGUGAGUAAAUAAUCUUAAUCUGCACGUAAUUUGUCUUUUUUGUGACGCAGGUCUGUUGCUGUUAUUUGGAGCGUAUCUGGCAUGGGAAACCCGAAAAGUGCAUAUUCCUGCCUUGAACGACAGCAAAAUGAUUGGCGUAUCCGUUUACAACGUCAUCAUUCCAUGCAUUCUUGUAAUUCCUAUUGUCGGACUGGUCCGUGACCGACCAACAACACAGUUUGCCCUGACGUCAUUUCUGACGUUAUUCUGUACAACUCUUACACUGUGCCUCGUUUUCGUGCCGAAGGUGAAUGAAAUACAAAGCUAA